AUGGCUACCCACACCGACGCUCCACUUCCCUACACUCCCGGAAUACCAGAAUUCACUGAGAAUAUGGCCACGACAAUUGAGCAAGUGGAAGUCGCGCAUAGAGCUACGCGAUUACAGCGCUACCUCCUCGAAAUCAUCACAUACCCUCUCCUCGAAAUCAUCACAUACUCUCUCCUCGAAAUCAUCGCAUACUCUCUCCUCCAGAAGAACGAACGCGCCGACCUGUUGCAUCUCCCACAAACAUACACCAAACAUAUUCCCAACAAACAUUCACUUCAACACCACGAGCACACAUGUCACAAUAUUUCUACACGCAUGGGAGAGUACCAACACGAACUCGACAUUCUGGACAAGGAGAGGAAGGUGAAGGUACAGGAGAUGAAGCGGCAGACCAUCCAACUACUUGUUAUGUGUAUUGGUGGAAUCGUCUGCGUCCUAAUUGUGUGCCUCAUAUAG